UGAGAGAUUGACAGAUUAUGUUGGCCUACAGAACCAUUUCUUCUGCUUCAGUAUGGCAUUUGCGUACCGUAUUGAUGUCCCUCUCACAUAUAAAUAAAUGAAUAAAGUCCGGUGGAAGCUUGCACUCAUGCGUUAUAUGAUGUAUGGUGUUAAUAUCUGCCGGGUGUGUAUAUGUGUUCAUAAGGGCCAGAGUCACUGUGAGGGUCCUUGUUUGCUGUGUUCAUAGUGGGAAUCACCAUGGCAACUGCACUAGCAGCGCCGUGUGAAGUGGAGAGGGAGUGCUUGAGUGUGUGAGGAUGAGAGGGUGUCAUCAACAGUGAGACACAAAGAAAAUGAGAGAAGUAAAACCUAACACAAAAUGGAAGGACAGAAAAUUUUUAACAGGUUAAAGUCACAGAAUCAAUUACUUCUCGUUUUUAAAUGGCUGACCGGCUGAUUCAGAAGACGAGAACUGCAAACUGGAGCACAUGCAUCUCAGCUCCGCAAGCAAGAGAAUUUAGCGGAGGCAACAGAGGACGAGUCCUCGGAAAGGAUUACGAUAUCUUGAGCCAGAUUAAUUUUUUACUAAUAACUUGAACUUCCUAGUGGUCUUUAAACACCCUGUAUUUAAUUGACAGCAUCUGUCAGUUUUGUAGUUCUUAACGUAUUUGGGGUGCAACAAUUUGCUUUUGUUUCCUGGUUUCUUUUCUUUUUCUAUUUACGAGAAGAUUGUUGGAGUGAAAGGACUUUUUUCCCCAUCCUUAUCCCUUUUGGCUCAAUUAGUCUAGUUAUCUUUCCGUUUAUUGCUUAAACACGAAUCCUUGUUAGAGUUAAGAAGAAGAAAUUACUUCAUAAAUGGAAUUUUCCCAACGGGAAAACUAACUGGAAUUUGUUGAGACCUUGACAAACAUUCUUUUGUGUAUCGGGAGUGUCCGUGUCCUUGAGGUUUGGAGCUUUGUUGAAAUCAUUCCGUGGAAGGAACUGAGACGCUUCACACAAACUCCUCUAACUCGCUGACCUCUCGUAAGGACUCAAGUAGAACAUUACAAGAUUGUUCUUGGGAAAUGGGAUCUGAAAAGGACUCUGAAUCACCCCACUCCUCUGUUAGCGGCAUUCCCAAUCCGAAAUGCCGUGGGCCGGGCAAGAAGCAAGGAAGGAUCUCUUUUCAUAGUCUCUUCCAUAGCAAACGUGGAUCCAGGGGGAACAAGGCUAAUGUGGGAACUCCUCUUGCGCAACAGCUGCACCAACAGCAACAACUCCAGCAACAGCAGCUUCUCCAGCCCCCCACACCUACCAAUGUUUCAUCAGACCCUUCUACGGCAGACCCAGCUGAACCUUUGUCCGCUAGCCAGGCCUCUCUGGGAGGUCAAGAACUCCUAGAGUGUCCCCUGUGCCUGGUGCGGCAACCUGCAGAGCAGCUUCCUGAGCUCCUGGGAUGCAGCCACCGGUCUUGCCUGUGCUGUCUAAGGCAGUACUUGCGUAUCGAGAUCACGGAGAGCCGAGUGCAGCUCAGCUGUCCGGAGUGCGCCGAACGACUUGCCCCAAGGCAGGUGGCCCUCAUCCUGGAUGAUCCCAGCCUGAUGGAGAAGUAUGAAGAGUUCCUGCUGCGCCGCUGCCUGGCAUCAGACCCUGAUUGCAGAUGGUGUCCAGCUCCAGACUGUGGGUUCGCAGUCAUUGCCUCUGGAUGUGCCAGCUGCCCCAGACUGGUGUGUCGAAGAGAAGGGUGUGGUGCUGAGUUCUGUUACCACUGCAAGCAAGUUUGGCAUCCUAACCAGACCUGUGACUCGGCCCGCCAGCAGAGGGCGCUGUCCUUGAGAACGCACAGUAACCAUUCACCCAGCUACACAGCCGAGCAGGGACACACUGAUGACAUCAAGCCUUGCCCCCGAUGCGGUGCCUACAUCAUCAAGAUGAAUGACGGCAGCUGUAAUCACAUGACCUGUGCUGUGUGCGGCUGUGAGUUCUGCUGGCUCUGUAUGAAGGAGAUUUCAGACCUGCACUACCUCAGUCCAUCAGGUUGUACGUUCUGGGGAAAGAAGCCAUGGAGUCGCAAGAAGAAGAUUCUGUGGCAGCUGGGCACUUUGAUUGGUGCACCGGUGGGCAUCACUCUAAUCGCUGGCAUCGCAGUUCCUGCUAUGGUUAUCGGCAUUCCUGUUUACAUUGGACGCAAGAUCCACUCGCACUACGAGGGCAAGAAAACGUCCCAUCACAGGAGGAAUCUCGCUAUCACUGGUGGUGUGGCUCUGUCAAUCAUCACGGCUCCAGUCAUCGCUGCGGUCAGCGUGGGCAUUGGCGUCCCCAUCAUGUUGGCAUAUGUGUAUGGUGUUGUGCCUAUCUCUCUGUGCCGCGGCGGGGGCUGCGGGGUGAGCCGGGGGAAAGGGCGAGGUGUUAGGAUAGACUUUGAUGAGGAUGACGGGCCUAUUACAGUUGCUGAUGCAUGGCGAGCUCUGAAGUCUCCCAGCCUGGGCGAGAGCAGUUUGGAGGGAGGAGCCAGCGGCCUCAGCACCACCUCUCCCAGCGAGGGCUUGUCCGUCGCCCCAGGGGGUCUGGGAGACACGCCCCACUUCAACACACUUGCAGGAGGAGCGCUUGGUGCGAGGACAGGAAAAUACAGCAGGCUGGAGGUGCAGGCGGCAGAGCUGGGAAAGGAAGGUGCUGGAAGGGAGACGGGCAGCUUGGGAGCGGCCAGUGACUGUGCCAGCACUAGGGGCAUGGCAGGAUCAAUCACUUCCUCUUACACCUUACCUGACAGAGAGGGCACUAACCUUGAGAUCCAGGUGGACAUUGAAACGAAACCAAGCCAUCUGUGUCUAACCACUGAAGAGGAUCUGGCUCCGCCCACUGCUGCCAUGGCUCCCGGCUCAGGGGAGGAGCCUCAGGACUGCAGCUCCCACAGGAGCAGGGUUGUCAUGGAUUCCCCUCUGGGCCUAUCGCCUGGGAUGUCACUCAGGGAGGGUCUCCGAGACGUCACCCUCGCUCAGCCGGAAAGCAUCCGCAGCGACCUAGAGAUGUCCGACACGCAGUCGGACGACAUCGCAGAGCUAACGUCCGACGACUGCGACUCGCCCCACCCCAAGAGCUGCCACGCCGCUCCCCCGCCGCAGACCACCUGCAGAGCCUUGAACCCCACCGACAGCCUGCACUGUCCCGACAAUGUCAUUCUGUACGUGUGAGAGAGACUCUCGCCAUUGCACAAAGCCAACCGUUUCUGAGCUUUUGACGCUUUACCUGUUCAUUUGCUGCUUUUUGUAAUUAUUAAAACACCUUAAUGGCAUCCAGACAACUCAUGGAACUGAACUCAUCGCUCUGCUCGACUGUCCCGUCUGGUUAUUACAGACACGGACAGGUCCUCUACCUCUUCAGAAAUUCAUACUGUUAUUCAUUGGUUGGUGUUUACUUCUCAGUGCGGAAAUGCCUUGAUCAAAAAAAGCGCUGAAUCGGUACUAUCGCGACCAGAAGAAUUUCCUUAGAAAACAAACAGACAAAUAAUGUGAAAUGUCGCCAAGCACAUGUAUAUGUGAGAGGCUUUCGAGUGGAUUGUAUAUGGAUGACACAUUACAGUAUUGUUUGUAUGUUUGUUUUACCCGUUUUUAAUAUUGACCUGGAAAUUGUAUGAUUCGCCGCAUGCUCAUUCGCAUGCUAGUAUUGUUUUGGUCGCGCUGGCCCGGUUUGCACAGAAGAAUACACACACUUCAGAGUGAGAGUAAGGUCAGUGCAAUGGGAGACUGAUCCGAACUUCACUAGCAGACAGUUUCACCUGAAUCACUGACUGCCUGCCUUACAGACAGAGCACAUGCACUCCGAUCCCUUACACUGUCUGUGACUCACUGACAACACUGUUUGUGC